AUGAGAGCGCACAGCGACCGCCGCGGGCCUCGCAUCCCGCCGCCGGUGCUCCUUCGAGUGCGCGUGCCUCUCUCCGCGCGCGCUCUCCGCACCGCCGCACAUUCACUCGCGCCUGCUCGUCUCGCCUUUCUCCCGUGCUGCUGGCCCUCUCUCUACGCCUCUCCCCGCCGCCCUCUAACCUGGUCUCCUCCUUGCCGUCUUCCCCCUCCCGUCCUGCUCUUCCUUUCCCUCCUCUCCCCUCCCCCUCUCCCCCCAAUAUGCGAGUGCUUCGCAGUGCGCAUGGCUGCACCACCCGGAGCGGCACAGGUGCGAAUGCGCGCGUGCAAAGCACCACAUGGCGGCGGGCAUGCGCAGCACGACACGAAUCACGCGAGGCUAGCAUGGGAGGCGAGGUCAGGGCGAGGGAGAGGGGUCGGACACCACGAACUCAACCUGAGGGCGGUGAGCAUCGGGGCGAGAUGGGUGGCACGGCGAGGGAGGUGGUGUGCAUGGCGAAGCGUGGCAGAGAUGCAUGCAGGGGUGCACGGAGUGGCAGAGAUGCAUGCAGGGGUGCACGGAGUGGCAGAGAUGCAUGCAGGGGUGCACGGAGUGGCAGAGAUGCAUGCAGGGGUGCACGGAGUGGCAGAGAUGCAUGCAGGGGUGCACGGAGUGGCAGAGAUGCAUGCAGGGGUGCACGGAGUGGCAGAGAUGCAUGCAGGGGUGCACGGAGUGGCAGAGAUGCAUGCAGGGGUGCACGGAGUGGCAGAGAUGCAUGCAGGGGUGCACGGAGUGGCAGAGAUGCAUGCAGGGGUGCACGGAGUGGCAGAGAUGCAUGCAGGGGUGCACGGAGUGGCAGAGAUGCAUGCAGGGGUGCACGGAGUGGCAGAGAUGCAUGCAGGGGUGCACGGAGUGGCAGAGAUGCAUGCAGGGGUGCACGGAGUGGCAGAGAUGCAUGCAGGGGUGCACGGAGUGGCAGAGAUGCAUGCAGGGGUGCACGGAGUGGCAGAGAUGCAUGCAGGGGUGCACGGAGUGGCAGAGAUGCAUGCAGGGGUGCACGGAGUGGCAGAGAUGCAUGCAGGGGUGCACGGAGUGGCAGAGAUGCAUGCAGGGGUGCACGGAGUGGCAGAGAUGCAUGCAGGGGUGCACGGAGUGGCAGAGAUGCAUGCAGGGGUGCACGGAGUGGCAGAGAUGCAUGCAGGGGUGCACGGAGUGGCAGAGAUGCAUGCAGGGGUGCACGGAGUGGCAGAGAUGCAUGCAGGGGUGCACGGAGUGGCAGAGAUGCAUGCAGGGGUGCACGGAGUGGCAGAGAUGCAUGCAGGGGUGCACGGAGUGGCAGAGAUGCAUGCAGGGGUGCACGGAGUGGCAGAGAUGCAUGCAGGGGUGCACGGAGUGGCAGAGAUGCAUGCAGGGGUGCACGGAGUGGCAGAGAUGCAUGCAGGGGUGCACGGAGUGGCAGAGAUGCAUGCAGGGGUGCACGGAGUGGCAGAGAUGCAUGCAGGGGUGCACGGAGUGGCAGAGAUGCAUGCAGGGGUGCACGGAGUGGCAGAGAUGCAUGCAGGGGUGCACGGAGUGGCAGAGAUGCAUGCAGGGGUGCACGGAGUGGCAGAGAUGCAUGCAGGGGUGCACGGAGUGGCAGAGAUGCAUGCAGGGGUGCACGGAGUGGCAGAGAUGCAUGCAGGGGUGCACGGAGUGGCAGAGAUGCAUGCAGGGGUGCACGGAGUGGCAGAGAUGCAUGCAGGGGUGCACGGAGUGGCAGAGAUGCAUGCAGGGGUGCACGGAGUGGCAGAGAUGCAUGCAGGGGUGCACGGAGUGGCAGAGAUGCAUGCAGGGGUGCACGGAGUGGCAGAGAUGCAUGCAGGGGUGCACGGAGUGGCAGAGAUGCAUGCAGGGGUGCACGGAGUGGCAGAGAUGCAUGCAGGGGUGCACGGAGUGGCAGAGAUGCAUGCAGGGGUGCACGGAGUGGCAGAGAUGCAUGCAGGGGUGCACGGAGUGGCAGAGAUGCAUGCAGGGGUGCACGGAGUGGCAGAGAUGCAUGCAGGGGUGCACGGAGUGGCAGAGAUGCAUGCAGGGGUGCACGGAGUGGCAGAGAUGCAUGCAGGGGUGCACGGAGUGGCAGAGAUGCAUGCAGGGGUGCACGGAGUGGCAGAGAUGCAUGCAGGGGUGCACGGAGUGGCAGAGAUGCAUGCAGGGGUGCACGGAGUGGCAGAGAUGCAUGCAGGGGUGCACGGAGUGGCAGAGAUGCAUGCAGGGGUGCACGGAGUGGCAGAGAUGCAUGCAGGGGUGCACGGAGUGGCAGAGAUGCAUGCAGGGGUGCACGGAGUGGCAGAGAUGCAUGCAGGGGUGCACGGAGUGGCAGAGAUGCAUGCAGGGGUGCACGGAGUGGCAGAGAUGCAUGCAGGGGUGCACGGAGUGGCAGAGAUGCAUGCAGGGGUGCACGGAGUGGCAGAGAUGCAUGCAGGGGUGCACGGAGUGGCAGAGAUGCAUGCAGGGGUGCACGGAGUGGCAGAGAUGCAUGCAGGGGUGCACGGAGUGGCAGAGAUGCAUGCAGGGGUGCACGGAGUGGCAGAGAUGCAUGCAGGGGUGCACGGAGUGGCAGAGAUGCAUGCAGGGGUGCACGGAGUGGCAGAGAUGCAUGCAGGGGUGCACGGAGUGGCAGAGAUGCAUGCAGGGGUGCACGGAGUGGCAGAGAUGCAUGCAGGGGUGCACGGAGUGGCAGAGAUGCAUGCAGGGGUGCACGGAGUGGCAGAGAUGCAUGCAGGGGUGCACGGAGUGGCAGAGAUGCAUGCAGGGGUGCACGGAGUGGCAGAGAUGCAUGCAGGGGUGCACGGAGUGGGAUGUGCAAGCCGCAUGUCAGUGGUGGUGUGGUGCAGUGGUGGUGUGGUGCAGUGGUGUGGUGGUGUGGUGCAGUGGUGGUGUGGUGCAGUGGUGGUGUGGUGCAGUGGUGGUGUGGUGCAGUGGUGGUGA